UCUCGGCGGGUCUGUGCAUUGAGGCCCCGCAGCCUCCCAGCGGCCUCUUUUUUCUCUGACCCUCAGGCGCGCGAGGCUCUAUCGAUGGACCCGGCGGCGGUGGCGAGAGUGGGUGCAGUAGCGAGCGCCAGCGUGUGCGCCCUGGUGGCGGGGGUGGUGCUGGCCCAGUACAUAUUCACCUUGAAGAGGAAGACGGGGCGGAAGACCAAGAUCAUCGAGAUGAUGCCAGAAUUCCAGAAAACUUCAGUUCACAUGAAGGAUCCUACAAAAGUAGAAGAAAUUAUCUGUGGCCUCAUUAAAGGAGGAGCUGCCAAACUUCAGAUAAUAACAGACUUUGAUAUGACACUGAGUAGAUUUUCUUGUGAUGGGAAAAGAUGCCCGACAUGUCAUAAUGUCAUUGACAACUGCAAGCUGGUUUCAGAUGAAUGUAGACAAAAGUUGCUGAAACUAAAGGAAAAAUAUUAUGCAAUUGAAAUUGAUCCUGAUUUAACUGUAGAAGAGAAGUACCCUUAUAUGGUUGAAUGGUAUACUAAAUCACAUGGUUUGCUUGUUGAACAGGCAAUACCAAAAGCUAAACUUAGAGAAAUUGUGGCAGAAUCUGACAUUAUGCUCAAAGAAGGAUACAAGAAUUUCUUCGAUAAACUCUACAAACAUGACAUCCCUAUGUUCAUAUUUUCGGCUGGAAUUGGAGAUGUGCUAGAGGAGGUUAUCGAGCAAGCUGGUGUUUACCAUCCAAAUGUCAAAGUAGUGUCCAACUUCAUGGAUUUUGAUGACAAUGGGGUGCUUAAAGGAUUUAAAGGAGAACUAAUUCAUGUAUUUAACAAACAUGAUGGUGCCUUGAAGAACACAGAUUAUUUCAGUCAACUAAAAAACAAUAGCAACAUAAUUCUACUGGGAGACUCCCAAGGAGACUUAAGAAUGGCAGAUGGGGUGACCAAUGUUGAAAAUAUUCUGAAAAUCGGGUAUCUAAAUGAUAGAGUGGAUGAGCUUUUACAAAAGUACCUGGACUCUUACGAUGUUGUUUUAGUGAAGGAGGAAUCUUUGGAGGUAGCCAACUCUGUCUUACAGAAGAUUCUAUGAAGAACUGUUCUUCAAGAACACCUCUCCUGUGGGUGCAUUUUAUGCAAGAGCUACUCAUCUCUUCAUCUGCUGAAGACUCUUAUUUAUAUUUUCUUGUUCUUGAAGUUUUCCUUUCCAUUGCUGAAGUAUGUUUUCAGACAUGCUGAAUCCAUCAACUAGAAACACCGUUUUCUCCACCUCUCAACACACUCCUCCCCGAACUUUUUUAACAGAUUU